AUUGAAGAGAGGUUAUGUCUUUGUUACACUUUGAAAAUAUCAGUAUGUAUAUAUUAAGAUUGCUAUACUUUUUCAAAGAACAAUAUAGUAUUAUAUUCCUUGUAAAAUAAGAAAAUCUUCUCGGUUACAUCAUAUAACAACAUAUACAAAUUGUUGAAAUUGGUGAAAUACUUUGUAUUAGUUUCCUUGUGGAUUCUCCAACUUUCCAUUGCAGUUUACCAUGGGGAAUGAUGUGUUCUCUUUUGUUGACUUGAAUGUUUAUGGAGCUCCAGAUAAGUUGAGUUCUUCUAAUAAUGAAUUUGAGAGCUCUGAUGGAGGUAAUAAAGGGAAAGCUGGUGGUUUUUAUGGUGUUGAAGAUUGGGGUGAAACUGGUGGCAUUGAUUCCUUGCCUUCUGAUUAUGGAUUCUAUGGAGAUGCAUCAAUGGAGGCCUCUGGUUUCAGUUUCUUCAAACAAGAUCAUCAGCAGCAGCAGCAGCAGCAACAAGAACAACAAAGUUUUAUAGAAUAUGGUCUGCAUAAUGGUGUGAGUUUCAAUGCUCAAUCUCCAUUGAUUCAAGCAUGUUUCGAUGAAAUUGCAGAGCUUGGUGGGAUCAACAAUGGAGUUUAUGAAGAUAUUGGUGAGGCAAAGAAGGGAAAACAGUACCCUGGUUUAUCUUCUCUUGGACUGCUAAACAACUAUGGCAAUGGAUUCAAACGGUUGAAUGGGGAAAGGAAAACCGAUGAUGACAUAACCGUAUCCGACACUCAGGACGAAGACCGAAAGCUUUCGACCGAAGAAGUCAUGAGGGUUGCUGGUGAGAUGUUUCUCAAGUCAUGUGGCCAAACUAUUGAUGGAAUCUCUGGGGUUGAUCAUCCUUUUAGUCUUUCUUUUUCGGGAUUUUCGGAUCGGGAGACGAGAGAUAUCGAGCUUGCGGCGCUCCUUCUUGCUGCUGCAGAGAAAGUAGGGUACCAACAAUAUGAAAGUGCAAGCAGAUUGCUGAAACAAUGUGACUACAUGUCAUCGAAAACCGGAAAUCCGGUUCAGCGUGUGGUCUAUUAUUUCUCCGAAGCCCUUCGAGAGAAGAUCGAAAGAGAGACCGGAAGAAGUUCAUCGAAGAGUUUAAAAUGGAAACCUUUGUGUAAUUUCGACACGGAUAUGAUAGCCUUGAACCCUACUGUAUUGGCAUGCCAUGGAGCUUUCCCUUUUGGUCAGGUUUCACAAUUUGCAGGGAUCCAAGCCAUUGUGGAAAAUGUUGCUGAGGCCAAUAAGGUUCACAUAAUUGAUCUUGCAAUAAAAAAUGGUAUUCAAUGGACCAUCUUAAUCCAAGCUCUUGCAUCUCGACAACACGAAUAUCGUCUCGAGCUCUUGAAAAUAACCGCGGUUGCAACCGAAGCAAAGGAUUUAAUUGAUGGUACCGGUAAGAGGCUCUCGAGUUUUGCUCAGAGUUUGGGAGUACCUUUUGCUUUUAAGGUUGUUAUGGUCUCAGAUAUGUUAGAUCUUAAAGAAGAUUUCUUUGAACUUGAUGCUGAAGAAACCAUAGUUGCCUACGCCGCGUUUGCUUUCCGGAGCAUGCUUGCGACGCCGAACCGGAUCGAAAAUAUAAUGAAGGUACUCAGGGUUAUGAAUCCUUGUUUAAUGGUGGUAACCGAAGUCGAAGCCAACCAUAACUCACCGAUCUUCGUGAACCGUUUCAUCGAAGUCCUGUUUUACUUCAGUGCAUACUUUGAUUGCAUAGCUACUUGCAUGGAACAGGAUAGUAAGAACAGAGAGAUCUUAGAAUCAGUGUUCUUUGGUGAUGGAAUUCGGAACAUGGUAGCGGCUGAAGGCACCGACAGGAAGGUCCGGAACGUGAAGUUCGAUGUUUGGAGGGCGUUUUUCGUCCGGUACGGGAUGGAGGAGGCCGAAUUAAGCAUGUCAUCCAAGUACCAAGCAGACCUUAUUCUCAAAACUUUUGCGUGUGGGACUUGUUGUACACUCGAUAUGAACGGAAAAUGCUUGCUCGUCGGUUGGAAGGGAACGCCGAUGCAUUCGAUUUCAGUUUGGAAAUUUCUAGAAGCCAAUGUCUAAAUAUUACCAGUCUUUUAAUCUUUGAUGCUUCCAUUCAACUGUUGAAUUAUGAAAGUCUCUAUAGCAUGAUCAUCAUCAGCAGCAGCAGUGAAUGUGAUGGUAUAACAGUUCUGUUUCAUAGUCUUUUUGCUUAAGGAUAUCUUAUUUGAUAUCUUUCAGUAUUCAUUAUUAAUGGAAAAACAAGUUCUAUGCUUUUGCAGUUUCAAA